AUGAAGGUGGUCGCUGCUUACCUGCUUGCCGCUCUCGGCGGCAACGCCGCCCCCGGCGAGGCCGACAUCAAGAAGAUCCUGUCUUCUGUCGGCGUGGAGGCUGAUGCCGAGCGCGUGCAGAAGCUGCUGUCCGAGCUGGAGGGCAAGGACGUGAUUGCCGCGGGUAUCUCCAAGCUGGCCUCUGUGCCCUCUGGCGGCGCCGUGGCUGCCUCUGGUGGCGCCGCCGCCGCUGCGGGCGGCGCCGCCCCCGCCGAGGAGAAGAAGGAGGAGAAGGUUGAGGAGGAGGAGGACGAGGACAUGGGCUUCUCCCUGUUCGACUGA